AUGACCCCUGGCUCACGUCACUGUAACUGCCAAUCAUCUUCUCAUUUGAAUCAGACCCUGCCUGGUGGCACCCAAGAAUCUGCCCAGUCUCCUAGGGACAGGUCUCCAGUCCUGGAGGGAAAGGUGCUAGGUAUCUGGGGCUCAGCCUGCUUCAAGCUGGAGCUUUCAGUGGCAGCAGCCCCUCCCCCUGGGGCUCAGAGCUGGAGUGGGAGUUUGAAGUGGUUUCUGCAAAAUAUUUUGGAGGAGAAUGAUCUGCCUUUAGUAGUCAAGGACUCUUCUUGCAACACUCAGGCUCCGUUUUACGGACAGAAGGAGUCCAGGAGGCUCUCUGAGCCGCACGAGGGCCUUUGCAACCUUUCCAGGCUCCGGCUGAGAGCAGCCAUUUUGGAACAUGUGAAACGGAUUUCAAAUUCCCUUUUUGCAGUUCGAGAAGAUGGCGGCCUGAGCCGGAGUCCUCCUUCCCCUCCUCCCUCUCCGCUGCUGCAAUGCCCAGGCCCCCCCACUUUCCUCGUCUGUAAUGGUGCCAGAGGCUUUAAAUCUUGCAGAAGCCACAUCUGCUGCCUGCAGUCUCAGGUAUGUCUUUAUCAGCAGUCUCAAAAUGGACUAAUACCCUGUGUCACCCCUCACUCCUGCCCUGUCUGGAUCUGGACAAGAGCCCACCACUCAGUUGGCAGUAGUCAGGCAGCUCUGCCCCUAAGAACCUGCAGCUUUUGGAGGAAAGGCACCCUGUGGUUUCAGAAGCCCAAGAGUCCCUGCAGCUUAGCACCUCCAGCCUGGUGCUUGGCAGAUGAUUGCCUUCAGGGCUGGAAGGCGGUUCUCUUAGGAGAGGGAGCAGAAAACUGUGUGUUCUUCAGAACAUCAUGAUAACCUGGCAUUCAUGGGUCUAUGGAGACAAUUCAGGGGGUCUGGGAGCUUGGAUGGGAUAAAUUUCCAUCUUUAUUUUCAGGAAACUUUUACUGAAGUUUUGCAUUUCUUUAAUUAUAAAUGGAAUCAGUACAACCCAAUAGUACGCACAGACAGUGACUUCUCCACUGCAUUAAAGUGGCUGCAGAUAUCUCAAAAUAUUAUUUACAUUUAUUAUAACUUAGAAAUUUGGGUGGUAAUUAAACCAGCAACUAUUCUUUGUUUAAUGCAUUAAGAAAGAAGUAUGUAUACUAUCAUAUCUCAACUAAAAAUAUUUUAAGAACUGGAUUUUAA